AUGAUAUCUGCCUGCGCUGGUUCCCUUCUCACAUCCCUCCUCGUGACACCACUCGAUGUUGUCAAGACAAGGCUUCAGUCACAAACGGUCGUCGCGACCCCAACCUGUGCCGCCCCUUUCACCUACACAAACAACGCCUCCGCCUACGAGAAACUCUGCACAUGCUGUCGAGAAGUCUUCUUUGCACCCUCGAAUUCGUCAACAUUGUCUGCAGGAACGGCAGGUGUCAGACAGAACCUUGCAGGUGUCUUCGCAGGAGUAACAGGGGCAGGAAGAGCUCAUAACCACGAUCACCACCAUCCCCAUAACCAUCGUCAUACACGUGGAACAGCGGCUGGAUGUGGACCGAGUAUCCUGCAACAGCACCGAGAGGGCACUGUGGUCGGAAUGAAGGCUUCUAGAGCCCAGCAACAACUAUUGGAGCAACUGGCGGCCAGCUGUGUAGAGAACAACCAUGCGGCUAGGGCUGCUCAGGAACGGUAUUUCCAUGGGACCUGGGAUGGUGUGAAAAAGAUUGCUCGGUAUGAGGGCGCUUCAUCGCUUUGGAGAGGUCUAUCGCCGACUCUUGCCAUGUCCAUUCCAGCGACGGUGAUUUACUUUGUGGGGUAUGAUUACCUCAAGGAUGUGUUGUCGGAACAGGCGGCGGCUUUGUCUCCUGGAUUCGUCUUUGGGAAGACGUUUUUCUAUGACUACCGAGAGUCUUUGGCGCCCUUGGUCGCCGGAGGAUUCGCACGCACUGUGGCGGCAACGGUGAUUUCACCGAUAGAGUUGUUCAGGACGAGGAUGCAGAGUGUACACACGGAUACCAAGGGCAAUGCAGGACUGUUUCGGGGUGUUUCCCAAGGCAUUGUUGCAAUGGUGCGGACGGAAGGCGUCUUGUCCCUCUGGCGUGGCCUUGCACCUACCCUCUGGCGCGACGUUCCCUUUAGUGCGUUGUACUGGGUGGGAUAUGAGAAUAUCAAAAAGAGAAUCAUAGCAUGGGACCGCCAAAAGACCCACCGAGAACCCAUCCUGAAUGAAUUCGAAGUCGCCUUUGCCUCCGGCGCCCUCUCAGGCAUGAUCGCAGCAACCCUCACAACGCCGUUUGACGUCGCCAAGACUAGACGACAAGUUGAUCUGUUGCAACCGGUCCAUACAAAAAUGUUUUCGAUGAUGAAGGCCAUUGUUGCGGAGGAAGGUUAUCGCGGGUUUUAUGAGAUUGGUAAGAAGGCGCUUUCGGAGCAUUGGUGGGGGCUGGGGGAUCCCUCUGACGGAUCUUCUUCGUCUUCCUCUUCUUCCUCCUCUUCAUCCUCGGGAUCUUCGCCAUCGGCAUCGGUCUCCUCCUCUGGCAGUUCAGGAACAUCAUCAACUGGUGGAGUAGAGGACCAGGUGCUGUUGAUGCGUGAUCGGACCACAACUUUUGCACGCUUUGCUGGUGUCGCCACCGCCUCGUCUUCCGUGUAG